AAAUGACGUCAGUGCCCAAGGGGUGGCGACGUGUUAAACAUGGCUGAAAGGGGUCUGUAGUGUAAACUUGAAAGCCAUAUUUUACACAGAAAAUUAAGCAUUUGCCUUCGUUAAAUACGCUCGAAAAACAGAAGUGGAACAAGCUGUGUAGUGACACGAAGAAACCCGUUGCCAGUAAAUAAGUCCUGAGAGCCGAGAGAGUUCAGGAAACUACGAGAAGCAUUUAUGACAGGAUCUGGCAUGUGCCUGGUGAAAAAGCCGUAAAGGGUGGUGAGUCUGGUAGAGAUGGGAGCUAACACCAGCCAGGUCAGUGACCUGUCUGAAAAUCCAAGCCUCAAGUCCCUGGUGGGCACAGAGUCCAUAUCAGAGAAUGACCCCUUCUGGAAUCAGCUCAUCUCCUUCACCUUCAUCAGUCCCACCAGCAGUGGAGACUCAAAGUUGCUGGAAGAAGCUGUCAUCCCCCUGGCCAAAACGCUGAUUGAAAACAAUCCCAGAACAGGGAACUUUGGCUCUCUCGUGAGAGUUUUUCUGGGAAGAACCAAAGAACUGAAGAUCUCUACAGAAUGUGAAGAUCAGCUGUUCAUCUGGCAGGCGCACAAUGCGCUGUUUAUGAUUCGUUGCAUGCUGAAGGUGUUCAUCAGGGAAAUGAGUGAGGAAGAACUGCACCUGCAAUUCUCCUACCAGGAGAGGGCACCAGGCUCCUUCGGAGGUAGUGAAGACCUUCUCGAGGAGCUGUUGUCCAACCUUGUUCACUUGAUUGUUGAAGUUCCCCUGCUAGAUAUCACCUAUAGCAUCCUGUUUGAAGCAGUGACCACGCUGCUGGUUUUCUUCUCCUAUCAGCUCUUCCACAAAGACAUCCUUCGAGAUGGAAUAAUCUAUCAGCACAUAAUGAAAGGCAGAUGCUUGUCUUUAACCAGCCGUCUGGUGAAAACCCUACUCUAUAACUUCAUCAGGCAGGAGAAGUGUCCACCACCAGCAACCCACAUCUUUGAGCCCAAAGCUGAAGGUGGCCUCCUCUACGGACUGGCAUCAGGGGUGGCAAGUGGGCUCUGGAGUGUCUUCACAUUGGGUGGAGCUGGCAGCAAAGCAGGGGUUGAGCAGGAACACAACCCCUUACCUUUGUCUAAUCAGAGUCUUUUGUUACUGCUGGUCCUUGCCAAUCUGACAGAUGGACCUGACUGGCCCAACCCCUACCGUCAGGCCAUUACUUGUUUCAGAAACACACAAGACACGUCAUCGCUGCCCGUGGAGCCUCCUCAUACUUUCCAGAUCAAUUUCAACAGUCUGUACACUGCACUGUGUGAGCAGCAGCGCUCUGAUCAGGCCACAUUACUGCUGUACACUCUGCUUCACCAGAACACCAACAUGAGGACGUAUAUGCUCUCCAGAACCGAUAUGGACAAUCUGGUUCUGCCCAUCCUCGAGAUCCUUUACCACGUCGAGGAAAGAAAUUCUCAUCAUGUGUACAUGGCCCUCAUAAUUCUUCUCAUUCUUACAGAGGAUGAUGCCUUUAAUCGAUCCAUCCAUGAGGUGGUCUUGAAGAAUGUCUCAUGGUACACGGAGAGAACGCUGACAGAGAUCUCCCUUGGCAGUUUGCUCAUCCUGGUGGUUAUUCGCACUAUCCAGUUUAACAUGACAAGAACGAGGGACAAAUACCUCCACACCAACUGUCUGGCUGCACUUGCCAACAUGUCAGCCCAGUUUCGAUGUCUGCACCAGUACGCUGCCCAGCGCAUCAUUAGUUUAUUUGCUUUGCUGUCCAAAAAGCACAACAAGGUUUUGGAGCAGGCCACUCAGAGUCUCCGUGGCAGACAGGAAGACAACACAGCCUUGCCUGACUAUGCCCAGGACCUGAAUGUGAUUGAGGAGGUGAUCCGCAUGAUGCUGGAAAUCAUCAACUCUUGCCUGUGCAACUCGCUUCACCACAACCCAAACCUGGUAUAUGCGCUGCUCUACAAGAGGGAGCUCUUUGAGCAGUUCAGGUUGCACCCAUCCUUCCAGGACAUCAUGCAAAACCUGGACACGGUGAUUGGCUUCUUCAGUCAGCGUCUGGAGCUGGCUGGAACUGACCUGUCAGUUGAGAGGGUUCAGGAGGUCAUUAUGAAAGGAGCCCAGGCCCUGCCCAAAGACAGACUGAGGAAGUUUCCUGAGCUCAAGUUUAAGUACGUGGAGGAAGACCAGCCGGAGGAUUUCUUCAUCCCCUACGUCUGGUCCCUGGUCUUUAACUCUGGUGUCGGCCUUCACUGGAGCCCACAUGGCAUCGAGCUGUUCAGCAUGGACUCCGGCUAAAACACCUGCUGCAGCAGACUGUGUAGCUCCAUCCAGUGUGUGCGUGUGUGCUUGUGUGUGUGUGUCUGUCUGGGUGGGUGUGCACAUAUUCCUUUAUAAGUAUGUGCACAGUGCUUUGAAAGUGCCUCGACCUUGCACAGAAAGAUUUUUCUUCUUAUGCAGCGCCACCCCCCCCCCAUGUCUUAUUAAUUCCUCUGCUCCUGCGCAGUGAGGCUUCACGUGUACUGGUUAACAUGUCACACAAAAGCACCCACUCAUCUACAGUCAAUCCUGUAGUAAAAUAUCUAUUUAACAUUUGCUUAGUAGCUUCCCACUGGUUCUACAGCACACACUGAUUCGCGUCUCUUUUGCAAAAACCUUCAGUUGUUGUGAGGAGCGCAGGACCUUGGCCAUGGAUAAUCCCACAUUUUUAUUCGUGCUCACAAAGAAAAGGUCAAUUAAAACGUGGCCAUCUUAAGCCUCUUUCACACGGAAAUUUGUAGUUAUACCGAGGAUUUUUAAACCCAGGUGUAAAAAAAAAAAGCCAAUUAUUAAAGGUGUGUUGUUGUCAUGUGUGAAUUACCACAUCACAGACAUGCUGGAAACAACAUGAGUCUGAAAAAGGGAAAAACACGUACAACUCCAUUGCUCUCAGUGCUAACGUUACAGUGGUUACUGUUUGGCAAAAAAAAGAUGAAUGCCCAAUGUAGUUUUGUGCCAGGAAUACAGCAGAGGAACGCGCAGUUCCCUGGGUCUUAAGUUCCAACCGUGAUAAAAAAAAGUGGAUUGCAUUGACAUGGGGGGUAAAUGCUAAUUUAAAAACAUUCCCACUGGCGAAAAACCUGUUUAAACCCAAGAUGAAAUGUUUAUUUUUUCACCAGUGGGAAUGGGGUAGUAGUUACAUUGCUCUGGUUGGUUUAUUUCCCACUGCAUUGAAUGCUUAUUAACAGUACCAACUUAAUAUUCAAGACUGGCCAGUGUGUCAGGGAAGAUAAUACAGAUAAUUUAUAUAUAAAACAAGACUUUUAUGUACAAUUGUGUUUUAUUUUCACUGUGCACGCUUAUCUGACUCCAGUGGGUUUGUAUAAAGGAUUUGUUUUAUGUAAGAAUGAGGUGAAAACAGGUCAGUUUGUCUGUUGUGUUGUCGUCAUUUGCAGGGCUUCCACAUUAUAGAGUCCACCACAGUUGAUUGGUGGCCAACAUUGUUUUGCAGUUUAAUUAAUAGUUCAUUUCAGUCCCUGGAUAAUAUUCGCAGUCCACAUCACUCUGAUUUGUGUGGUUUCAUUUUAGCUACGGGCUCUUUUAUCUGACUUUACUAUGUCGUCGUCCUUUCCCAUUUAUUUCCUUAUAGUUACCGGAGGCAAAUGUUUAAACUGGGACAAGUCGUUAAGCUCCGUUGUGCAUAAUUACAGUUAUUUCUUUAACUUGUCACUUUGUUUGCAUGUUUAACAUGUUUAAACUUUGUGUUAAAUUAUUUAUUUCAAUGUAUAUUUUGUCCUUUCUUUUUUUUUUUUUACUCUUCAGCCCCCCCAAAUGUAAACUAGUAGUGAUGAAAUGUCUACUACUAAUGAAAAAAACAGAAAAACA